CAGAACUCACAAAGAAGAGGCUGCACGCGCGGUGGGCGGAAUGCUGACCGGUCACCGGGGAGACGGUGAAGGCUUCUUCAGCAGAGACAAAGCGGCAACUUGACUACAAAGGAUGCUGAAUUGGGAACCGUACACGCGAAGGGCAUCGAUCAGAUUAGUUUUGUGUCUUCUUUUGACUUACUUUACAUAGAGGGCAUUAUAUUCCUCUUGUCACCAAAGCAAAAAUGAGACGCGGAGAGAAACCAAAUAUGCGAUACUUAUAGUGGACUAUCUUAACUCCACAUACAUUGUGGAAAGAGCACUGUGAAAGUGCAAGCGCGGGGCUAUUUUAUUUUAAUUCGUGUUCUUCUGACCGUAUUGGAAUAACUUAAAAUCAAUGGAGAUGGCAGCGCAGCUCCCGUCGGCUAAGAGUGCAGACAGUCCGGAGGAGGACAUCUCCAAGCUUACGGAUGAGGACCUGCUGAAGUGGACUAAGGAAGACUUGGUGCGUCGCCUCCGGAGAGCUGAAGCCGAAAAGAUGAGCGUCAUGUUGGACCAUGGGAAUCUCAUCCGGGAAGUGAACCGCAGGCUACAGCUGCAUCUGAACGAAAUCCGAGGGCUUAAGGACGUGAACCAGAAGCUUCAGGAGGACAACCAGGAGCUGCGUGACCUCUGCUGUUUCCUGGACGACGACCGGCAGAAGGGCAAGAAGGUGUCGCGGGAGUGGCAGCGGCUGGGCCGCUACAGCGCGGGCGUCAUGCGCAAGGAGGUGGCGCUCUACCUGCAGAAGCUGAAGGAGCUGGAGGGGCGGCAGGAGGAGGUGCUGAGGGAGAACCUGGAGCUCCGCGAGCUGUGCGUCAUGCUGGACGAGGAGAAGGGCGGGAGGGGGGCCGUCGACAGCCAGAGCGGGGUGCACCAAGGCUCCGCCCUGGGUCCGGGGCUGCUUCGGGACGUGGGCGACGGCAGCAGCACCUCCAGCGGGGGCAGCACGGGGAGCACGGGCAGCCCCGAGCACCUCCAGCACAAGCAGCAGCUCCUCUCCGCUCCCGCGGGGGUCCCCCCCGAGCAGGCCGGCCGGCGCCGGAGCACCAGCCCAGAGCACCCGCCCCUGCUCCCCUCCUGCCGGCCGCGCUGCGGCUCCCUGCCCCCCGACCACAGGCCCAGCCCCGAGAGGCACGCCAAGGCCGCGGCCAGGGCCGGCCUCGAGCCGCCCGUCAAACACGGCGCCGCGGAAACGCUCGCCCAAAAACACCUGCUGGGGGCGGGGGCGGGGAGCCCCGAGCACCUUCACAAGCACAGGGGCGCGGCGGGCAGCGCCUGCGGGAGCCCGGAGCCCAGACAGAGCCCCGGGGCCACGCCCGAACACCUCCACAAAGGACGUGUGAGCGGGGCCAGCCCGGAGACCCACAGGCACCAGUACAGCUCCAGCCCGGAGCGGCUGAAGUUCGGCAGCCCCGGCAGAGAGGGGGCGCAGAAGAGGCCUGGGGGAGAGGAACAGCCCCCGCACCACCGGAGCCUCUAUAACGGCGUGAGCGCUCUUAUAUCCGCUGGCUGUUGCAGUGCCUCUUGUAGAAGUGUAAAGCUAUGGGACAGCUUCGAUGCAUCUUGACCCCAGCAUUCCUUGGAUCCAGCUCUAAGCCUUUGGGAGUGUCUAUGGUCCCAGCUCUUCAGAGAGACCGAUGGCUGCUUCCUCUUAAGUGCUCUACAAAAAAAUACACACUUCAGAAACCACUAUUGCCCCUGGAGACCUCCCUCCAUUGGUUCCUGGGUUGUCAUUAAAGCAGGCCACACCCCCAAGCUUUGUCAUUGCAUAUCAAGGACUGGGAAUUGUUUUUGGAGAUACGGAAAAACACUUGAGGCUGCCAUCUGGAUUCUCUGAGUCAAAUAUGGAAUUAUCUCUCUGUUGCCAAUGGAAUAGUCCUACCUCCUUGAACCGAAAGCAUAAAAACAACAGAACAUAAAAAUGAAAAAUCAUAUCUUUCCUGAAUGUUUACAGACAAGUAGAGUGACUACACGCUGAGAAAAUUCAAAUUCAGCACCCCCCCCCCCCCCCA